GAAGCAGUUGCUGAGCCAGCUCUGAUUUUCGGGAAGUCAGAUGACCUUUCCCCUGAGUUCCCUGUCUCUCCCUGCCCCUAAGGUGGCCACCAUGCACCCGCUCAUGGUUCUCCUUUGCCUGUUGCCCCUGUUCCCAGGCUCGAUUGCAGUCACGCCCUCCUGCCCUAAGAAUGUGAAUAUCUCCGGGGGCACCUUCACCCUCAGCAAGGGCUGGGCCCCUGGGAGCAUCCUCACCUACUCCUGCCCUCUGGGCUAUUACCCCGUUCCUUCAACGAGGCUGUGCAAGCUCAACGGGCAGUGGCAGACGUCCUCCAGAUCCAGCCGGCUGACAAAGGCAGUCUGCAAACCUGUUCGCUGUCCAUCCCCUGUGUCCUUCGAGAACGGUGUGUACACCCCGCGCCUGGGAUCCCACCCAGUGGGCAGCAACCUGAGCUUUGAAUGUGAAGAUGGCUUCAUGCUACGGGGCUCCUCCAUACGGCAGUGCCGUCCUAACGGCAUGUGGGAUGGGGAGACGGCUGUGUGUGAUAAUGGCGCUAGCCACUGCCCCAACCCCGGCAUUUCAGUGGGUGCAGUGCGAACUGGGUCCCGCUUUGGCCUGGGGGACAAGGUCAGCUACCGCUGCUCCUCCAAUCUGGUGCUCACGGGGUCUGCAUUGAGAGAAUGCCAGAGCAAUGGGAUGUGGAGUGGAACAGAGCCCAUCUGCCGCCAGCCCUACUCCUAUGACUUUCCUGAAGAUGUGGCCCCUGCCCUGGGCACAUCUUUGUCCCACAUGCUUGGAGCCACCAAUCCCACUCAAAAGAAUUCGGAAAACCUGGGGCGAAAAAUACACAUCCAGCGCUCUGGUCACCUGAAUCUCUACUUCCUUCUGGAUGCCUCUCAGAGUGUGGCCGAAAAAGAUUUUGAAAUCUUCAAGGAGAGCGUCAACAUUAUGGUGGACAGGAUCUUCAGCUUUGAGAUCAACGUUAGUGUCGCCAUUAUCACCUUUGCAUCAAGGCCCAAAGUUAUCAUGUCCGUCCUGUAUGACACAUCCCGGGAUGUGAUGGAAGUGAUGAGUCAUCUGGAAAAGGCUAACUAUAAAGACCAUGAAAAUGGGACUGGGACCAAUACCUUUGCGGCCCUGAAUUCUGUCUAUCUAAUGAUGAAUAACCAGAUGCAGCGCCUUGGUAUGAAUACGGCUGCUUGGCAGGAAAUCCGACAUGCCAUCAUCCUCCUGACAGAUGGAAAGUCCAAUAUGGGUGGCUCUCCCAAGGUGGCAAUUGACAAAAUCACAGAGAUUGUGAACAUCAACCAGAAGCGGAAUGACUACCUGGACAUCUAUGCCAUUGGGGUGGGAAAACUAGACGUGGACUGGAGAGAACUGAAUGAGCUGGGGUCCAAGAAGGAUGGAGAGAGACACGCGUUCAUUCUGCAGGACACGCAGGCUCUGUACCAGGUUUUUGAGCACAUGCUGGAUGUCUCCAAGCUCACAGACGUCAUCUGUGGGGUGGGGAACAUGUCCACCAAUGCCUCUAACCAGGAGAGGACACCCUGGCAUGUCAUAAUCAAGCCCCAGGGCCAGGCCACCUGCCGGGGAGCUCUCGUCUCAGACCAGUGGGUCCUCACUGCUGCUCACUGCUUCCGCCAUAACGGGGAUCGGAAACUGUGGCGGGUCAUUGUGGGUGAUCCCAGCCUCAGGAAUGGCCAAGAGUUUGAGAUCAAGGAGAUAGUGAUUUCCUCCAACUUUGAUGUCCGUGCCAAGGAGAACCAGGGGAUCCGGGAGUUCUAUGGAGAUGACAUUGCUCUGCUGCAGCUGGAGAAGAAAGUGAAGAUGUCCACCCACGCCAGGCCCAUCUGCCUCCCCUGCACAAUGGAGGCCAAUCUGGCUCUGCGGAGACCCCUGAGCAGCACUUGCCAGGACCACGAGAAGGACCUUCUGAACCAGUUGAGUGUUCCUGCUCACUUUGUGGGCCUGGAUGGGAACUCACUAAAUGUCCGUCUCAAGACAGGCUCAGAGUGGACAAAGUGUAUCCAGCCUGUCUCCAAAGACCAGGUCUGGUUCCCCAACUUGACAGAUGUCAAUGAAGUGGUGACAGACCAGUUCCUGUGCAGUGGGAGUGAGAAGAUGGAGGAUAAUCCCUGCAAGGGAGAAUCUGGGGGAGCAGUUUACCUUGAGAAGAGAUUCAGAUUUUUUCAGGUGGGCCUGGUGAGCUGGGGUCUCUACAAUCCCUGUGAAAAUGGCAAGAGAUACCCGCAUAAGAAGGUCCCAUCUUCCAGGGUCCCACGGGAUUUCCACAUCAAUCUCUUCCGCCUGCAGCCCUGGCUGAGGCAGCACCUGGGGGGAGUCUUGAACUUUCUGCCAUUGUGAAAGCUCCAUUCUCUACAUCUCACCCUCUUCACUUGGCUGUUCUGCCACCUGCAACCACCCUUCUGGUCCCUGAGCUCUGCACUUCCAUCCU